AUGACCAACAAAAACACCGUUUUGGAUAUGACGGAUUUGCCAACUUUCACAUAUCUUCGAAUGGUCAAUGUGAUGGGUACCCACAAUACGGAUUUUGCAUUCGAGCAACCGGAGAUUCAGGCUGUAAUCAAUGAGAAGAACAAGAUUGGCAAAUACGAUCUGCUGCUGGCGGAGCAGUUCUACAACGAGGGUGCCCUCAUCCUGGGUCACUUGUACCAGAUCCCCAUAAUAACUGUUUCUACUUUUGGUUAUGCUAACUACUUGAGUCAGAUGUUUGGAAUUGUGUCUCCUUGGUCAUAUGUACCACAUGCCUAUAUGCCCUAUACGGAUCGCAUGUCGUUGUGGGAACGCAUCGAAAAUGUUGCCAUCAGUGCAACCGAGGAUCUCGUCAGAGAGUUCUCCUAUUACCCCGCACAGGAUGCCGUCUUAAGAAAGCACUUCUCCAAACUCCUCGACAGAGUUCCCACCGCCAAAGAACUUGAGCGUAAUGUCUCUGCCAUUCUGUUGAACACCUACGUGCCACUGUCUUCCUCGAGACCAAUGGCAUAUAAUAUGAUCCCAGUGGGCGGUUUGCACAUUCAACCCCCGAAGGCGCUACCGGAGCAUCUUAAAAAAUUCCUGGACGGAGCUACACAUGGAGCCAUUUACUUCAGCUUGGGUUCCCAGGUCAGAAGUGCCGAUUUGCCACCUGAAAAGCUAAAGAUUUUCCUAGAAGUCUUUGGGAGUCUGAAGCAACGCGUUCUCUGGAAGUUCGAGGAUGAGUCCCUGCCCAAUCUGCCUGAUAACGUGAAGGUGCAAAGUUGGUUACCUCAAGGCGACAUCCUGGCGCAUCCCAAUGUCAAGGUUUUCAUUGCCCAUGGAGGACUCUUCGGCACACAGGAGGCAGUGUACAAUAGUGUUCCCAUAUUAGGAAUGCCCGUUUACUGCGAUCAGCAUCAGAACAUUAACCAGGGUAAAAACGCAGAAUAUGCUCUGGGAUUGGAUUACCGAAAAGUCACGGUGGAAGAAUUGCGAGGUCUGCUGCUGGAACUGAUUGAGAAUCCAAAGUACAUGAAUAACAUUAAGAAGGCCUCUCGGAUAUUCCGCGAUCGACCACUUGGAGCUAUGGAUACGGCCAUGUACUGGAUCAACUAUGUGAUCGAGCACCGAGGUGCUCCUCAUCUGGUGUCCGCUGGCGUGCAGCUUCCCUGGUAUCAGUUCUACCUUCUGGACAUUGUGGGUCUAGCUAUCGCAGUGAUUCUCCUGCCAAUCGUGGCUCUAAUCCUGAUCUGCCGCAGGAGCUCCAAGCCAAAGAGCACUCCGAAGAAGAAGACCAAGAAGAAUUAGAACCAAAACUUGAGUUUUAUUUUUGUUAACAAAAGAGGCUACAAUUAUGUUAGAUAGUUUCUUGUAAUAAAUUUUGGAUAAUUUCGUAA